AUGACGCUGAACGACAUUUAUCAGCGGAAAGCGCCCUUUCUACAACGCAACUGGCUACAGGGCAUCACAAAUUGGCAAAACUCAGCCGAGCUCAUGGGCAACAUUGUAUCCGGCCAGCUCCCCGGCGAUGGCCAAGCCGCUGCUCCGCCGCGCAAGCGACGCCGUGUUUCCACUCCCGAGUCGCUCGACGUUGACCACCUCAUUGUAUCGCCAAAGACAUCCGACACACGUUCCACUCUCCGCAUAGAGGUCCUCAGGGUCUCUCACAGAGAUUCCAAAAAGGUUCGCACAAGCGUAGUUGGUACCGCGCCCAGCCAAGUCACUACUACAAAGGCCAAUUGUCGCAUCACUCUCAGCAAUGCCACCAAGGGCACGCAUCGCGUCCUUCACUGUCAGAAUCAAUUAUGCGAUCUCAUUACCUUCAAAAACCCUGCCGGGCCCCAUCGCAUCGCAAGAGUGCACAUGGCAAGGCCCUUUUACGUGCCACGCGAUGCCAUCCUCGUCAAUAGGGACGAUGAUGGCUCUUACGACCUAUCUGACGCAUACGAGCUGCUCAUUGAAUUCGAGGCCGUUAGCGGUAGCCUCUGGCCUCCUUUGGGUGCCAGCGAUCUCGGUUCAUUGCUUGCGCUGCAAGACGCAAGCCCCAGCGACAUGCGCAAGAUCAUACUCAGGAGCCGCUUUCACGAUAUUUUUGGCAAACUAAAGGAGCCCCUGGUACUCUCAGCUCCUCAAGGGGCAGACAGACCCGACAGUUUGACCGAGUAUGUCGUGGACGUUGACCUGCGCUGGUCGUCUGGUUUCAGCGCAUUGCGACGCCUCGACAAAGAUUCCAUGCCAUGUAUCACUGCCAUUGAUCCCGAUACGGACAUGAGCCACGACAAAUGUCCGCCCAUCGGCGACGAGUUCACAAUUCCCAUCAACAAUGCAAACGGCAAUUUCGGGUCACAUGGCCACGUGCGCAGUGACGACGAGCAAACAGAAGGCGACAAAACGCCUUCUAGGUCAUUACGAAGAAGGGAACAAAAUAAAAUAUACAACCUCAAGGUUUUGAGCGACCAGGCGCGUGGAAAGGAACGCAAAAGACGGCACGACACAGGCGCGAUAGUGGCGGAGGGUGCAGUUUCCUACAUAUUGCCGCAGGAACAGCCUAUGCGGCUCGACUUCAAUCGAUGCGUAGCCUGUGGCUCGUACCAUGAGACUUUUGAGCAGCUAUCGCUGCAUCUAGAAACGUAUCAUCCUGGUUUCGAGUUUCAAUACAAUUUCACGAGUGAGGGGCCAGAGAUUCGUGUCUCUCAUCGCCGGUCUGAUACCUUUCUAUCACCGUCCAAAAAUUUCCAGAUACGGCCGACGUCGCAUCCAUUCAACUUGCAGACAUUUGUCGACGGAGAUCGAUCAUGGGUUACCAAGCGUGUCCUUGCCGGAGCAAAUGACGAUCUACUCAAGACCCCGCAGGCACGAUCUUCCACUGACAGAAUGGCGUCUCGCUCACCCGUGCCCAGGCAGCCAGUAUUUUCUGGAAGCAAGACUACUCUGGCGCGACGGCCGCAGCCACCCAAGAAGGACACAGUCGUGGUUCCCAAGAUUUCGCAGCCGCUAUAUCACCCCAUUAGCAAAGCUCUGCUGAAAGCUGGCGAUCGGGUGCCCUCUCCGGAUCAUGACGCGACGUGGCUCAUUCAAAAGCACCGCGAGAGCAUUGCCGACUUUUCCGACGUGACGCCGUCCGAAAAGGAGUACAUAUGGGAAUGGGACGGCUACAUUCUAAAACAGAGCAUCACAUCCAGCGCGUACCUGCCGCGCGCCUGGCUGGGGUUCGUCCAGCAAAAGGCGGCCUGGUUGGUGGCAAAGGACGAACGCAUGAGCGAGUUUGGCAAGCAUGCGUGCGUGCUGCUCGCGCGGGAGGUACUGACCGACGACGCCAUCAAGCAGGCUCUUGACUUUAUCAAUCAGGCCCGGUCGCUACGAACAAUGGACGUGGCGAAUGCCAUCUUGCCCGCGGAAACAGAGCCGGCCGCGCCAGCAUCCAAAGCAACAGACGUCCGCAAGAGCAGCAACGGAUGCACGAUAUGCCAGCUCCCAGUAAGGGGGCCUCGGUUGCUAGUGUGCUCUAACAAGCGUUGCCAAAAGAGGUUGUAUCACUCGGACUGCAUCAAGGACACCGCGGUUGUAAACGUGACGAACCGCAAAUGGAUGUGUAAUGCGUGCGCAUCCUCGGCGACGUAG